GAAAAAUGUAUCGUACUAACUUCAGCACGUCAAUUGACAGAUUUGCCCAUGAUUUGCCUAAGUAGAAAAAGAACAAAUUUCGUUUUCUUUGUCACUUUAGAACUUAUUUAGAUGAAUCGAAUUUGAACACACGUGGCAACGUCGCAUACCAUUGACGUUUUGCCUGACGUCGACUGACAGUGACAACCAGAGACUAUUUAUAUUUACCGAACUCGAAUUAUAACAUUACACGUAUUCAGCUUUCUCCGAGUUCGAAUCGGCUCUUUCCAAUUAUUUUCUUUCAGCAGCUGUAUCACCAACGAAACAGUCGAAACCAUAAUGGCAGGAAAAAUCAAAGCCGGCCCCGUUGUGGACAUUUUGGGCGACGAGAUGACCAGGAUCAUCUGGGACGCCAUCAAAGAGAAACUGAUCCUGCCCCAUUUGGACAUUGACCUGAAAGUGUACGAUUUAGGCAUAGAAAACCGGGACAAAACCAACGACCAGGUCACCUUGGACUGCGCCGAAGCCAUCAAGAAAUACAGCGUAGGCAUUAAAUGCGCCACGAUCACCCCGGACGAGAAGCGGGUGGAGGAAUUCAAGCUGAAGAAGAUGUGGAAGAGCCCUAACGGUACCAUUAGGAACAUCCUGGGCGGGACUGUGUUCAGAGAGCCUAUUAUUUGCCAGAAUAUUCCCAGAUUAGUGUCCGGUUGGCAAAAACCCAUUGUUAUCGGAAGACAUGCCCACGCAGAUCAAUACAAAUGCACCGACUUGGUGAUUCCCGGAGAAGGGAAAUUGGAAUUAAUAUUCACAGCAGCCGGUGGAGAUGUUAAAAAGUACACUGUAUACGAUUUCGAAGGGCCUGGUGUAGCCUUAGGCAUGUACAACACCGAUCAAUCGAUCAUCGAUUUCGCCCACACCUGCUUCAAAUACGCCAUCGACCGACAAUAUCCCCUCUAUUUGAGCACCAAAAACACCAUCCUGAAGAAGUACGAUGGCCGCUUCAAGGACAUCUUCCAGGACAUCUACGACAGGGAGUACAAACUGGCCUUCGAGCAGAAGAACAUCUGGUACGAGCACCGAUUGAUCGACGACAUGGUCGCGUACGCCAUGAAAUCCGAGGGCGGAUUCAUUUGGGCCUGCAAAAACUACGACGGGGACGUCCAGUCGGACUCCGUCGCCCAAGGCUACGGUUCGUUGGGUCUGAUGACAUCGGUGCUGGUGGCUCCCGAUGGUAUAACGUUGGAGGCCGAGGCGGCGCACGGCACGGUGACGAGGCACUACAGGAUGCACCAGCAGGGCAAGGAGACGUCGACGAACCCCAUCGCUUCGAUAUUCGCCUGGACGAAGGGGCUGGAGCACAGGGCCAAGUUGGACGGUAACAAGCAGCUGGAGAACUUCGCCCGGAGCUUGGAGGAGGUCUGCGUGGAGACCAUCGAGUCCGGGUUCAUGACGAAGGAUCUGGCCAUUUGCAUCAAGGGCAUGAGCAAGGUGCAGAGGUCGGAUUACAUGGAAACGUUCGAGUUUAUCAACAAGCUGGCGGAGAAUUUAAAAAAAAAGUUGGGCAAGUAAGGGCGAGGCGUUUGUGUAAGAUGUGAUGCGUGAGGUGGAAUUGCGGAAUGUGCGAUAAGUAAGAGGUUUUCAGGUGGAAUAAUGGUGUUGCGUAAAUUACUCGAACUUCUGUUCUUUCAUUGGUUAUUUUAAGCUUCUGGUCUUCUGCUAUUCGGUUAUGUAGGAAUAUUGAGACACUAAUAAUCGGUGCUGGAUAAUGUCAAGAUUCAAAUUUGUAUUUAUAUGUAACUUUAAUUUGUGCUGUACUGGAGAAACGACGCGUUUUAGGCGAAAUUUUUGUACCAGUUGAAUUUGUAUUUUAAUAAAUGUUGAUUACCUGUU